UCUUGCUAUGUGUCGUCAAGUGCCAACUAUGCAAAUAGUUUGGCCUCUUCCCUACGUACAUAAUUUAUUCAAUUUUAUUUUCUCAGCUGACCAAAAUCUCUAUAUAUAUGUAGUGGAUUGACACUUGACCAUUCUCAGUAUCAUAUGAUAAUCUUAGAGCCAUGGCUGCUUUGCUCAACACAAGGCCCCUUUUCAUGCUCCUCGUUCCAUUACUACUGCUUCAUCGUGAUUUCGACACUUCUUUUAUAUUCCCCAAUUUUUCAGCGCCAUACCAGAACAGCCUUUUAGCCUUCGAAGGCGAUGCCUCUUCAGCAAAGGGUGUCAUACAGCUAACAAAGGUCCAAGAUGAUGGUAGAGUCGUGCACAACAGUGUUGGCAGAGCCACCUAUGCUCUUCCUGUUCGCCUUUGGGAUGCCCAAACUGGUAAAGUUGCAAGCUUCUCCACUUCCUUCUCUUUCAACAUAUCCUUUGGUCGAAGCAAUGGAGAUGGGAUCUCUUUCUUCUUGGGAACAACCGAAUCUACCAUGCCCCCAAAUUCAUUUGGCGGCUACCUCGGACUCUUCGAUCCUAAGUUUGCUUUUACAAAUACCGACCGGAACCAAAUAGUUGCUGUUGAAUUUGACAUGCACCAGAAUCAAUGGGACCCUCCUUUUCCCCACAUUGGCAUUGAUGUUAACUCCAUUUCUUCCGUGGCAUCGGCGCAAUGGGAAAUGGAUCCUGGAUUGAUAACAGCAUUCGUGACCGUAACCUAUCAAGCUGCUUCAGAAAGUUUCAGCGUGGUUGUCAAGAACGGACCUUCGAUUAGCCUCAUGAUUGAUUUGAAGACGGUGCUGCCAGAAUGGGUGAGGGUUGGCUUCUCCGGCGCCACUGGACGGCUAACUGAAGUGCACCAGAUUCAAUCUUGGACUUUCAGUUCCAGCUUCGAUUAGGACAGUGGACUCAUGAUGAUGUUACCUUGUUUAUUUCUUAUUAUGUUUAAGGUCACUUACCUUUUUUAUGUCUUUGGGCAAAGGCACGUGUAAUCUUUUAUUUUUAAACUAGUUUUAAAUUCGUGGUU